UCUCGUGCAUUAUACGUGUGUUACUAACACCUUCAUAAAUGAUACAUUCCCAAGGAAAACCGUUUAAAUAUGUUACUUGCUAACAAUAAUAAUGGCUGUGUAACAAUUAACUCAUUUGUUUUUUUAAAUUAUUAUUAAUGAUCAUCAAAUAGCACGUGGAUCAAAAUCAUUACUGUCCACAGACCCAACUAAUAUUACUGAAUCUAACAAGACCAAGCUUUUAUAUAAGGGAUAAACUUUAGUCGUCCUUUCAAGCAGAGCGACACCCUCGGGAAUUAUGGGAAAUGUAGUUUUUUAUAUGACAACACGCAUAACGCUCGCUAAGGUACCCGAAACUUCUUUCAAAUUUGUAAUUUCUUACUGGAUGUAGUAAGUUUGCCCGGUACAAGCUGAAUAAACGCCACUUUAAUAACAUGUCACAGUUCUUUGUUAGUUAAAAUAAAGCAGCUUUGUGGUAUUUUUAAACCUAACUGCAGUUUUUUUUCUCAUUCUCUCAUUGUGGCUAAACAUCAAGACUGGAACAAAUUUUUGCUUUUACAGCAGAAAUUAAUCUUUCAAUACCACCGCUAUGAUUCCAUGAAAUCAGGUUAAAUCCAGUUUCUGGCUAAAUGACAGCGAGAAAUCAAGGGGCUCGUGAACAAGAUGAGUCACAUCUGGAGGAAAGAAGGAGGAAAAAAAAGGUGGGAGAGGAGAAAAGUGGGAUUGUUGGUGAGGUUGUGACUCAGUUCUCAGAGGUUUUACAACAUGCACCAGGAACACCAGGAAUGAGACUUACCAUAAUCACCACCCUUCUUUCUGAUGAGGCUUGAAGCAAACAUGAAAUAUGGCUCUUUUGAGAAAAAUUAAUCGGGUCCUCCUGGUGCUGCUGGUGCUGAUGGUGUGUCUCCUCCUGCAUAGUACACUGCUCAGAGCCUCCACUCGGCCCAAAGUCUCAGAUCACUGGAAGAAACUCGGUAACGCAGCACAAGCUCCAGCAGCGAAGUUGUCAGAGGUGGAUAAUGUCAUCCCUGUCAUCAUCUGUGCAUCGGAGGAGCGUAUGGGUGCAACCAUGGCAACCAUCAACAGUGUCUAUAGCAACACACAUGCCAGUGUGUUCUUCUAUAUUGUUACCCUUCGUGAUGCCAUCAAAAUGGCCAGGCGGUACAUAGAGAAGACUAAGCUGAAAGGCAUCAAGUAUAAGUUAUUGGAGUUUAACCCCAUGGUUCUCCGGGGAAAGGUUAAGCCGGAUUCCUCCAGACCUGAUCUGUUACAUCCACUCAACUUUGUUCGCUUCUACAUACCUCUGCUUGACAUCAACCAUAAGAGGGUCGUAUACUUAGAUGAUGAUGUCAUUGUGCAGGGUGACAUCAGGGAUCUGUUCAAUAUCAAACUGAAGACAGGACACGCUGCUGCUUUCGCCACCGACUGCGACCUGCCCUCCACACAUGAGAUGGUGCGCAGCAUCGGCAUGCAGACAACCUACAUGGGCUUCCUUGACUAUAGGAAACAGGAAGUUAAAGAUCUGGGAAUCAAUCCCAGUGACUGCUCUUUCAACCCUGGAGUGUUUGUGGCAGAUGUCAAAGAGUGGAAGAAACAGAAGAUCACCAAACAGCUCGAGGACUGGAUGGAGGAAAAUUUCAAGAAGAACAUAUACAGCAGUGCCGUGGCGGGAGGCGUGGCGACUCCACCCAUGCUGAUAGUGUUUCAUGAUAAAUAUACGACACUGGAUCCACUGUGGCAUGUCAGACACCUGGGCUGGAGUCCAGAUGCUCGCUAUUCAGACAGCUUCCUACAGGAGGCUCAUCUGCUGCACUGGAAUGGCCCAUUCAAACCAUGGAAUCAUCCUGCUGUUCAUAUGGAUCUGUGGGAGAAGUGGUUCAUCCCAGACCCCUCUAGAAAGUUCUCCUUGGUACGACCUGAGAGCGACAGCUGAGGUCUGCGGAACAUACUAUGUCUGAGCCACAUGACAUGACAUGAAGCAUGGGAUGUUCAGGACUUACUUGAACAAUGAUGGAAGGUGUGACAUGAAACACUCAGUGAAUGUAAUACUGAAGAAUGUCCUUGAAUAUGAAAUGUUGCUGGUCAAACAUUGUAUGAGAAACAGUGUUGACACAGUGGGAUGUAUUUGCUAAAUACAUAAAAUGUGACUAAUCUGUCUUCUAAAAAAUGUUGCAUUUUGGUGACAGAUAUCUGUAAAGAUAUUACAAUAUUACAUAAAGGAAUGUGUUUAACAUGGACUCAGAAUAGUGACAUUUCUACGACUUUGAACUGUGUAAGCUUUAGAAAAUGUGUCUCCAUGCUAAUCUAAAAUAAAUUUUCAGAAGUCUAAUUUUUCAUAUUUUCUCAUCUUUUCUGGUUGUUUCAAACAUCAAAUAUGGCAAUGAAAUCUUGAAGUAAACUUAAAUUACUUUGGCUGGUUACUGCUAAGGACAUAUGACUGAUACAGUGAGCUAUGAGCAACUUGUGAGUAUCUCCAGUAGACUUAAAAUAAGCUUUUCCAGCUUCUGGACAUUCUUUGGGCCAGGAAAUAAACUCAGAAUUACCCAUUUCCCUGACAACAGCAUGUAGUGCUGCUGAUCCAUAAAAAGU